GCCAUCCUGGCCAGCCCCCCCUCCAUCCUCCUUCUUUCUCCUUCCUCCCUCACUCACUCUGAGGUCUGAGCUGCAUGCUCACUGUCCCGAAACAUGAUGAACCAUUCAGCCCUAUGGGAAUUUCUCCUCCCAGCAAGCUCGCGUCAGCUGCAUCUGUGUCUGCCAGCCAGAGUCGAUGCAGCAGCAACAGCAGUAGCAGCGGCAGCAGCAGCAGUGUGGCAGUGACUUCACUCAGCCUCACUCUGCUACAACUUAUCUGGGAGGCAACACACUUCAAUUAGCUCCAGCUCGGACCAGGAGGAAAAGUUCUCUCUCCUCAUCUUCCCUUCCCUUAUUUUUCUUCUAAUUUAUAAAUAACUAAAAGGAGGAUGCUAGUGCAACUUGAGGAUACUUUUGUUGUCUGCACACACAAAGGCUACACUGGAUGAUGAGGGUGAGCGUGAUGCUGCCUUCAGGGAUGACCAAAGCAGCUGCCUCCUUCUUCCUUCCUCCAUCCUGUUUCUCCUUUGCCUCUAUGCUCCCUUCUGGCAUGCGAGGGUCAAGUCAGCAGGAUUUCUCAUCCACCUCAAUCCUCCCCCUAACUGGGCUGCGAUCCUGUUCCUCAGUGCCACACUUGACCUGAAGGCAAAACAAAAGGAUUAACUAUGAACUUUGUUCCCACCUGGAGACACAGCGAACACUCAAACAGAAGAAUAAGGGACCUGGUGAACGUCUACUGUGAGUAUUUUUCCCCUUUUAUUUCAGUGACUUGUCUCGCAGUCUUUAAAGAAUCGAAAAAGAUUCAACGAGCACUUUUUAAUUGAUGUGGACAGGCUUGACCUGGAUUUAGGGAGAAAUAGCAUCAUGUGUGCACAAGUGCAUGUCUGAGAGGUCUCUGCAUGUAUUUUUAAUGUAGCCUUUUACCUUAAUGAAGGCAGUGGAGGAGGUUCUCCCACAGAGAUUCAUGUGCAUCUGUUCGACAAUACUUAGUGGAUGGGAAAGUGCCUUACAUUACAUUUUUAAGUGUUCAAGUGGUCACGCAUUUUCAGUGUUUUUGUUAUUGUUGACCUGAUGGACAGAAAUGUGCCCAAGAACAGAGAGAUACAUUCAACUAUUUUCAGGUGAUUCUUCAUUCAAAAAUCCUGUCUACCGUAAAUCUUUCAUUCCUCUUCCAGUUAUUUCCAUAAACACUUUCAGCCUGUUGGUUGUAGCUUUUACAGCUCAUUCCUAAAUCUUCUUUUAGACUUGUCACAAAAAAAAAAUCAAAAGAUGUAUCCUGAUUUUCCGACUAUAUGGCUCUAAACUAAUAAUAAUAAAAAAUGUGUAUAUCCUCCAAAAAAGACAAAAAAAUCAAGAUAUAAAUCUAUCAAAGCUACAGCAUACAGACUCUCAGCCUCUGCUCCCCUCCUCUCUUUGAUUAAGUGGAGAUGACAAAACGAGGAAGGAUUAAGCAGUGAACCGUGAUUUUAACGAGUCCACCCAGUCCCCAUGGAUCUUGUGAGGUGUUACAACAAUUGUGAAAAGGUUCUGGUGCUCGAAAGAAGAGAAAAAAAAAUCAGGAAGCACAGUUCCCACAAGACGGAAAAUAAAUCACGAACCAAUUUAAUGACUGCUUCUUUGCAGCGAAUGAACUUUAAAUCAUGUUUCUAAGACAUUUCCAUAGAUCUUCAGGAGUUAUUUUACAGGGGUUCACUUUGGGAUCUGGCCUACUCUCUUUGCUCUGAUCAUACAUACUAGCAGGUUAUAUGUUACACACAUUAACACUGAUUUUGUUGCAUAAUAGAGAGGCACUCAUAUUAAACUGUCCAUUUGUUUUUGUGUGAACUUUUGUGGACAUAUGCAAUAUCAGCAUGGAGUUAAUUGGGGACAAGCCUCAGACAGGCACACAAGUCUAAAACUGUUAUCACAAGAUCACAGACUAGUCUGAAGCUGUGUCAUUAUCCAAAUGAUGAGAUUUUAAUGAAAUGUUUUUCAUAAAAAAAAAAACAUCCUGGAGGCUUUAAACAUAAUCAUUUUACUGUCCUCCACAACUGCAAAACCACUGAGGCGACCAUAUGUGGAUCAUUAUACUCAUCUAACGGUCAAAUUUGUCAAAUCUGAUCGAAAAAAGGGAUUUGAGUCAAAAUACAGACGAAAAAGAGAUUAGGAUUAACCAAAAGCAAAAGAGUAGACUUUUUGACAAACACUAUAUGGUUUUAUUUUUAUAUGAUUUGACUCACUGGCAUGUUUCAGAUUUAGAUUAUACACACAAGCAUUUGUGAUCCCUUUGAUUUCUUCUUAUACACACAGAUGCAAGUACUUCUCAGGUCCUCCUCCAGAUCGCCAUUAUGCAGGAAUGUGAACCAUGGGUCAGUGGUCUGUUAGGAUGCUCGGACCAUUGUGCCAAAAAGCUCUGGGCUGAUUUGCACAUCAUACAUACUCGCCACACAGAUUUACUCAUCUCACACACACACACACACACACACACACACACACACACACACACACACACACACACACACACACACACACACACACACACACACACACACACACACACACAGAGUCCUUUGCUUCCUUUGCGUUGACCCACCUCUCUUUCUCUCUCUUCUGUUGGACUCUCUCAUUUCCUCUCCUUUUCUUCCACAAAUGCCACACAGUGACACUCACGCACGUAAACACACAUUUACUCUCUACUGUGCUGAGCAGAUGUGCUGCAACCAAAGCCGAGUGGAGAAAAAGGUUACGUAUGACUGGGAGGUCUAGCAGGGGCCAGUAGAUCAGUGUAUGGAGCCACUGCACAGGAGCUUUAAUGGCCAGGUGCCAGAGGACCUGCAGGAAGCCACUCUACAACAUGUCCUUCUCCGCGUUCAGUAUGGGCGACUCACAAACACAGAGCACUGAUAAAAACUACAUCACUAUUGCUUCAGAUGUAGACAUCCAAAACAUUAUUUUUCAAGAGGCAGCUGGAGAGAGAUAGUUUUGGAUUCAGGAUAUUUGUAGCUGUCUUGGUGGGAGAGUAAGCAAGAUGUUUUUGCACAAAUCAAAUGACCUGCUAUUCUUAAUAGGUUAUAAAUACAGAUGUACCAGAAAGUCACUGAGCAUCUUUAAUUCCACCUCACAGGGCCAGACAGCAUCACUUAGCUAUUCCCCACCCUACGUCACAUUUGAUACUAAGCUGCUUCUGUAAAAAGUCCAAAAACAGAGGCCACAGUGGACCAUAUCCACUAUUUAUAGCGGUGCAGAGUCGGUGUUUACCCCACACUCUAAGUUCUGAGUGUACCAUUAGAAUGCUUCCUGUUUCGAUUUAGAAACUAUUAGCUGGCUUGACUUGUUCUGACGUUUGAGGUCAAGAGUUAGAAUGAGUUUAUUUUCUGUAUAUAUGUGUGUGCGCACCCUGCAACAUGGCAGGGAUUGGUGUGUUAGGAAUCAUUCAUCUCAAAACCAGUCAAUGGUAUUUUGGCUUCAAAGACCAUCCAUGUUUGGAAAUAAAAACAACCCUCAUGAUACCUCUCUUUUCUGUAUUUGAUAGCUCUCCAUUGUACUGUCUUUUUAGCGUAUGUUUAUAAUAAAAGUUUGACCACACUGACACGGCAGAGAAGACAACAGAAAAAGUUUCUCGAUGGAAGAUUGGCUUUGUCUGUUUUUGUGCUUCAAUAUUAAUGCUACUAUCAAAAUUCAAAUUUUAUAUUGCUUAUGUGUUGAGUUACAUUUUAACCAAGGGGAAACUUUUAGUGCAGAGAAAUGCAACCAGUGCAGAAGUUAAAAAAAAUAUAAAAACCUGCAGUUCUUCUGAUGGCCACCUGGGGUGGGCCCCAAUACAGAGACGAUCCUCAUUAGACUCCAUAUGAACAUAGGCUUGAAUUUAUGGCAGAUUAAAGGGCAUUUAUAGGAUAAUAGGAUUAUAGGAUCUUUUCAGCAAUUUUUUCUAUUCAUUACAACUGGGCGGAUAUUGAAAACAAAUGUUGCUUUUGUUUUAGAUUGAUUAUUUUUUAUAUAUUAUAUAUUUUUUGUGUCACAUACACAAAGUACUAAAUUCUUAUGGGUUUAAGAGACACCAGAAAUAUGGAUAAAUAAACACAUUAAGACUUUAAAUCUUUCAUAAUAAGAGGUAUGACCACAUUGGAUGGCAUUGCUAAUAAUACUGUCAACAUAAUAUCUUGGCUGUGUUUGUGCUGUUGGUGCCUUCAUUUUAUGCAAAUAUUGAAGAAAUAUAUCAUACUUUGUCUCAGGUCUAACCAGGGAAGCAUGCUGGAGUCAAUGUGAGCAGGUUUAGGAUUGUUUGAUCAUAAAUUUACGUCCUAGAAAAUGAUUGUGCUGUAGAUGCUGACAGAGGAUUAAUGUUUGAGAUUAAAUCCUGUUAGAGGAGCCACACCACAUACACAGUGUUUGAAAAAGCUUUGAAUUACCUAAAUUAUUUACCCUCUGGGUGGAGGGGAGCGAGAAACUUGUUUGUAAAGCCUUGUGCUUUUCCUUAUCUCGAGGUGUAUGUCCAGGUUACGAUAAAAUUGAGGCGACAAAUUGCCACAUUUGCACUUACUUGAGAAUAGCAGGGAAUUCUGUGGACAGAUUCACAACACCCCCUACCUUUAGCAGCGUAAUGAUGUGGGGAUUUGAGUGAUGUGAUAUGAAAUGUCGCCAUAUAACAAGAUAAGGGGCAGUUGAAGUCCUGCAGGAGGUCCCCUGCAGCGGCUGGAAUGUUAUUUGUGUGGGCCUCAGGCUGCUGCUGGCACUCGUGCUAACCUGGUACUGUCAGAGGAACGCCAAUAAAAGAGAAAGUCAUUUCUCAAGUAUGGAGUAGGGCCGCUAUCCAAAGUGUUUCAUUAUUGGCAGAGGCUGCAUCCAUACAUCUUAGGAGGGGCUUUCCAGUUACACGAGAAGAAGAGAGAGGUUUUUUUUUUUGCAUGAGACACAAGGGAAUAUAUGGUGCUACAGUAUGUAAGCAGUUUGGAGGAGUGAGGGUAGCACUAAAUGCAGUAGUUGAGGGUGAGAAGAAAAAAGCUUUUAAAUUCAAAGUUAUCUAUUUUACUUUAUUUUCUGCACAAUUCAAUGAGGAAUAAGCGAAAAGAUUGUAAAAACAUUGUAAAGCUGUGGUAAGGCCAGAUAGCAUUUUUGCAACCUCAAGUCCUCCAUUUGAUGUCCCAUCCAGCCACCUAAACGCACACCCACUCUCAGUGGCUGGGAUCCCAAAGGUUGAACUGCUGCAGAUCCACUGUGAUUUGAAGUACAAUGAUGCACCAUAGAAAAUGACAAAUUGUGUUUCUUCCAUUGUGGAUCCAUGGCAGUUCAGUUCUAGUCAUUUAUAAAGGUAGAAAAUGUGUCUGGAAAGUUUUAAAAUUUGGAGCUUAGAAGAUUGAACACCAGACACAAAUUCUUGGCUGUAACUUGGUGCAGAAAUUCCCUUAUGUUGAACUGAGCGAGUGGCAUAGCUGAAAAUACCAUUGGCUGAGUGCCCAGUUGGCUGGGGUUGUCCCUGAGAGGAGAGUGUUUCUAAAAGACUGACACUGUUAUCUCCACUGAAAAUGUGCUAAAGUCUCAGAGAAAUGCCUCAUGCUAAGACAGAGUAGGUACAAAGAUUGUGUUUUCUCCACAGAGUAAAAUUAUUCACUCAACCGUUUACGAAUGGACACAUUCCUGUGGGAAUUUAAUGCUGCUUCAGUACAUGAAAUACAAACCUUUGAAGCAAGAUGAAGACCACAUGGUACUGUUAUGGAUUUGUAGGUCAUAGAAGGCAAAGCAUUAUUCAUUUGUAAACUCCCACGAGGUUAUUUCUCAUAUACAUGUCCUCCAAGUUGGCACAAAUAGUCCCUCAGUCACUUCUGAUGGUGCUGCAUUUAAAGAACUUGCGAGUGAUGGGGAUUGUAUGCAGGAGGGUGUGGAGGGUGUGUGCUGCCCUCUGCUGGUUCAGGGCUUGCACAGUAGUCAUAUACUGUAUAGUUCUGCACAAAAGCAACAACAAGGAAACGAAUGUUUCUUUAUGAAGAAAGCUGUAGCUACUGUUGAUAAGCCAAUGAAGCUUCAAAUCAGGCAGAGCUGUAGCAAAUGGAUGGGUGGUAAAAGGGAUGAAAAAAACUAAUGGUUUGUUUCGAUGAGUUUUUACUGAGACUGCAAAGAAAGGAUAGUUACUUUUCUUACACAUAGUCAAACUAGGAAAGUGCUUAUUCAGUGAUAUUACUUUUCUCAAUCAUAAGGUAUACAACAGGAAAAGAGGCUUUUUAAUGCACUGCCACAAGUUAUCUGUCAGCAUGGUUGAGUUAAAGGCACAUCUGUAUGUUUUACUCACCUCAGAGUUAAAUCUGUACACAGUUGCAAACUGAAAACUGUAUUUUUCCACUCAUCAAUCCAUGUUUUAUGUCAUUGAUUGGCUUCAUCUUAAUUUGUGUCGUGAUGUCGGAUUUAUGUUGUUACAGUUCAAAAAUGGAUUGAACUCACGCCUCUUUCUGCAUCAUUUCCCCCUUGAGACCUCCGAUUUAAAGUGCAGUAUAUCAAAACAAGGAUGAAUAUAUGCGUAUAUUGACCUAUGUGCUUUAGGAUGGGGAUUGCAUUUCAAUAGCUGUGGUGGAGCUGUGUACUAUGGUUUAGUAGCCAUAAUGACCUGUCACUGAUAUUCACUUGGAUUUACUCAUCCACCGGGCAAUCAAUCUUCUUCCAGCAUCCAAAGCGUGUGAGCCAUAUGAAUUAUAAAUAGCUGAUAGCCGACAUGACUGUGAAUUAGCUUCUCUGUGUUUGAGUUCGCCUUGCAGAAGAAUAACAUAUUUAUUGGUAUUCAAAUUUGUAUCCAGUGUUUGCAAGGAGAGACUUCACCUCAAUGAUUUGAUGCCAUGAUGAACUGAUUGAUGGAUUUAUGCAGAUACUUUUUUAAAGAUUAAUUCUAGGGCUUUUAGGCUUUAAUGGAUAGGACAGUUUGAAAGAAAGACAGGAAAUAUGGGAAGAGAUUCCACAAAUCAUGUUAGGAACAGGGAUUUAACCAUGUGACCAGGGCUACAAGAACUAUAAACUCUAAUCAUGGGGCACCUGCUCUAAACUAACAUCCUGCAAUCACAUUUUAAAAAAGUUUCUUUAAAAAUUCACACAGUAUAUACCUGUAACAUUAUCAUUAUCAUCCAAAUGGUUUGUUUAUCAGAGGAUUGCGUCACAAACAGGCAGAGAAACUGGCAUCUUAGUGAGCUAUAAACAGAAAGUAUGUGAUUUAUAAAAAAGCAGCACAGAUUUAGGACGGGAAACAAAUAAUGUAAUGACCUGGAUUUUGAAAUGUGCCACAGAUGUUUGCAGAGAUUGCCUAAAACUCUCCAUAUGGUACCUCACAUGAGCUUAAUUUGAUUAUGUGAACAGCGUGAGGGCAAUUGCCAAAUGACAUAAUUGAAGUUUGUAAGUGAAAGCAACCUUUUCAGGACAAAGCUCAUAUAAACCUACAUUAGGUCAAAUGCAUCAUAGAUUUUGGAUGUUACGAAAACAGAUUUUGCUUUUAGUAUUAAAAGAGAUAACAUGAGCUUGCAAAUUUGUCUUUAGUGUGAAGGGUUGUUGCUUAAUGUGUUGAUUUAAUGCCAUCUUGUGGCGAUGACUGGAACUCUUUUAAAGGCAGUGAAACUAAUUUUCUCUCUUUUCUCUGCAGGAGCUGCCCCUGACCAUGUCAGAUCCAUGCAUUUCUAUUGUGAUUGGAUGCCACUGAACACAAGAAAACCAUGGAGGUAGAGAGCAUGUUGAACUCCUCUUUAAACGCCACCACCGAUUUCAUGGUCACCCACAGUCUUUGGGAGGUGAUCACCAUAGCGACUGUGUCAGCCAUAGUCAGCCUGAUCACCAUAGUGGGGAACGUCUUGGUGAUGCUCUCCUUUAAGGUGAACAGCCAGCUAAAGACGGUGAAUAAUUACUACCUGCUCAGUCUGGCAGCAGCUGACCUCAUCAUCGGUGUGUUCUCCAUGAACCUCUACACCUCCUAUAUCCUGAUGGGAUACUGGGCCUUAGGAAACCUUGCCUGUGACCUGUGGUUGGCGCUGGACUAUGUAGCCAGUAAUGCCUCAGUCAUGAACCUGUUGGUGAUUAGUUUCGACAGAUAUUUCUCCAUCACCAGACCCCUGACCUACAGGGCAAAACGGACCCCUAAACGAGCGGGAAUCAUGAUUGGGUUGGCCUGGCUAGUGUCACUCGUCCUAUGGGCCCCGCCUAUUCUCUGCUGGCAGUACUUUGUAGGAAAAAGGACGGUCCCUGAGAGGCAAUGCCAGAUUCAGUUUUUCUCUGAGCCUGUGAUAACCUUUGGGACAGCAAUCGCUGCCUUUUAUAUCCCCGUAUCAGUCAUGACAAUCCUUUACUGUCGGAUCUAUAAGGAGACAGAAAAAAGGACCAAAGAUCUGGCGGAGCUGCAAGGGAUUAAUUUUACAGCAGAUCAAGGGGUUACCCAGCCUCAAAAGACCAUUAUCAGAUCCUGUUUUAGCUGUAAAUUAAGAUCAACUUCACAAGACAGGACUCAAGCAUCUUGGUCUUCUUCCAGCAGGAGUAAUGCCGCUAAAUCGACAGUUGCCACCAAUGAUGAGUGGUCAAAAGCUGGUCAGCUGACCACCUUUAAUAGCUACGCCUCCUCUGAUGAUGAGGAAAGGCCCGUAUCGCCAGGUGGAUUCCAGACCUCUUUCAGGAACCAGGCCUGUGAGACCAUCAAGAGUGGGGUUGGCAGCGAGAGUGAGCAACUCAGCAGCUAUGAAGAGGAUAGUUUUUUCCAGGCGCCGCCCAAAAGCAACUCUCAGAAAAGCAGCAAGGGCGUCUCCUACAAGUUCAAGCCUGUGGUCAAAGACACUCACGUGGAGAACCACAGCAAGAAUGGAGACACCAAAAUGGCCCCCUCAACUUUCUCUUCGGCAGAGUCAAUGAGUGUGCCGUCCACCUCCUCCAUGUCCAAGCCCAUAGACGGCUCACUGAAGAAUCAGAUCACCAAGAGGAAGAGGAUGGUGUUGAUCAAAGAGAGGAAGGCAGCUCAGACUCUCAGCGCCAUUUUGCUGGCCUUCAUUCUGACAUGGACGCCAUAUAACAUUAUGGUGCUUAUUUCCACCUUCUGCUCAGACUGCAUACCCCUUUCACUCUGGCACCUGGGGUACUGGCUGUGCUACGUCAACAGCACCGUCAACCCCAUGUGCUACGCUCUCUGCAACAAAACUUUCCAAAAGACCUUCCGCAUGCUCUUACUUUGCCAGUGGAAGAAAAAGAGGAUUGAGGAGAAGCUCUACUGGUACGGACAAAACCCUGUGGUCAGCGCUAAACUGACGUGAACUGCUAUCUAAGAUGAUGUUUGAUGAAGGCUGCCAGUAAAAUGUUUGUUAUAGUCUACGAUAUUCUUCGGUGGCCCUUGAAUGUCAAUGGUAUACAUUUUUCAGGAAGGCAAUCACAUUUCAUGAAACACAAAAACAUUUCAUUAAAAUAUUUUAUCAAACCUGAGAACAUUUUACAAAAACACAAAAUUGUUUCACUUAAAAGCAUUCCUGAAAUAUGUGUGCCAUUGACCUUCAGGGCCACCGUAGCUAUCAAAGCAAAACAGACAAUAUGAAGGGGUUGGUACAGUUUAAAAUGCUUGCUUGUAAAUCAGCAGGCCUACUUUCACGUGUGCUAAAUGCAGCUCUGACUUUAAAAAAAUGAGAAACUUAUGAAUUGUCCCACUAAACUGCAGUCAGUGACACUGUAAAUAGACUCUAAGAAAUAAACAAACAACACAUUUUUCCCAGAUUGAUGAUAUAAUUUUAUAAAUGCCAUCAAUUGACGCACAGGUUAUCUCAUGUUUUACGUUACUGUUUAUUCAAGUUACACACUUCAAAGAUCACAUCCAAAGAUCAAGAAAAAACACUCUUAUCAAAUAAUUUACUCUGCAUAUUAGUUUUAGAGUGUCAAAAAAAUACAGAGAUUCAGAGAGUUAAUGCUCUUACAUUCAAAACGUCAUAAACUGUGCAGAUUGUUUGACUCUGUAGGUGUUGUGUCUGUAUUGAGAAUGCACUCUUUUGGAAUUGCCAUUUUAUUUUGAAGGGCUAAUGAGUGUCGUCCUGAUGUCUGAAUCUGUUUGCCUGGUCAAGAUUGUAAUUGAUGAUGAAGCCUUUUCACACGUGCCAGUAUCACUAGUCAGAAGAGUUGAAUUAGAUCCAGCGUCACUGUUUUCAGACUUAUAUUCUACAUUACAUAUUUUCUAAUAUGAAAAAUCUCAACAGAAAAUAGAAAAAAAAAAACAAUCCCAUAAAUCAAGUAAUGAGUAAUCCUAAAUCAAACCCUUCAAUUCUACUCUACAGUCUCUACUUACAACCUGUAAGACUUAUCUGUUGUUUUACAGUCAUAACAUGACAAACUUGGAAAAUGACAUUAUUGUUUACGAUAUGAGUGGCACACAUUUUUGAUUUCCAUCUGUUUAUUAUUCUUUCUCCUCAGGAUACUUUCUUCUUCUCUGCACAAUGAAAUACAGUGUUUGUUUCUCUGAAUUACUGUACCUAAGUGAACGUACUUUCAUUGUAUUUCUGAACAAUUUGUUGUGUUCUGUGGCAAAAAAAAUUGCUGUUUGUGAAAUGUUCUGUAAGCCUUGGGUGGGAAAUGAAAUACUAAAGAUGUUUUACAUGUGUCAUAAGCUAAAAUGUCAUGAAGCACAUUUUUUUGUAACUGUGAUAAAACCAGAAAUCUGCACUUGCAAUUUGGGAAAUGAAGAAAACGCUUUGCUGAAAACAGUCAUGAAGAUGAAAACAAAGCUUAAGCUGAGACCAUUCUGCAUUUUUAUACUGUAGUCAGAGCUUGUGACUUAUUUUCCUGUUUGUUUUGUUUUUCAGUAUUCUGUGAUCAUGUCCAAGCAUUUCUGAAUAAAAUGUUGUGAAAUGUUUAUUUGUGUGCAAAGAAAACCUUUAAAAAACUCAAUAUUUUCACCCCAAGUAGCCUCAAACCCCUGUGUGUGUGUGUCAUCCUUAGAGCUCAUCCUUCUUGCAGUCUCCACUGUAGACCAGUUUUACUGUGUCUGAAGGUCUCACCAUCAUCCAUGCAUAUUUACAUAGUCGCUCCUUGUUGCAGUCCUUCUGCCAGUAAAUGACAUUCCUGCGAUUGAGGUUGGCACCAGCACAGGCGUCAUACCACCAACCGCCUCCUGGGACACCCUGAAACUCCAACUUGGCACAAUUUUGGAAGUAGUUAUCAUUGUCUUUGUCUUUAGUGGUGAAUUUUUGGUUGUCAUGCAGGUAGUUCUCAGUAUCCAGGGUCAGUGCGUCUACAGUUGUGCCCUGAAACAACCCCAGCCUCAGCCUGUACCCUGAUGAUUCAUCUUCCACUAGGACAGGGUCAUACUCUCCCAUCUUAGUAAUGGCAUCUUGGUCCACUAGUUUCACUCCCAGUUUAUAGCGGCCAGGGCCACGAGUGAGCUGAUGCAGAUAUUCAUUCCCGAGCCAGUGAUCACCGGUAACAUCCCCAAAACCCUGCUUGUACUCAGCCCAGGUUCGAUCGAAAUUCACGCUGCUGUUGACAGUGAUAUGCUGCACCACAGUCCAGCCCCCCUCCUGCAUGGCACAGUAGGCCACAAUAGGAGAGUCGCCUGGUUUGAUCAGG